CGCACUCCAUCAUCCUCCCCCAGCCCCCUUACGUUCCGAUUUCCUAUUGACAACUUUCGUUUUAACCCGUCGUUGCACCUUACACUUACAAACCCUUUCCAAAAUGAACAAAUUAGCUACUCUUGUGCUACUCGCUCUCGGUCUAGCCGUCGCGGAUGCUACCAUCCACACCAUGUGCUUCAACUACUUUUUGAACAAAGACAAGUGUGUGAAUGGCGCUGCCGGCCAAAACAUUCGAUGCAAUGCCGACCCCAAACCUCAUGAAGCCCCAGUCGCCAAAUUUGUCAUGCAAACUCCUCCCCCCAAGCAGGCUCACAACGGUGGUAAAAAUCGUCUUGAACGCCGUUAUGACACUUACCAUAAGGUCCUCGAAAUGAGCAGUGGCCAAGGUAUCUGUGGAACCUACGAUUCAGACAGACAGGACGGAGUAUGUCUCUGGAGCGGACCCGAACAAGACAACCCUACCGUCCACACGGCUGGAUGGCUCAAUGGAAUCAAGAAGUCCAACUGCGGCAAGCAAGUAUACAUCCAACGAAAGGACAAAAGCAAGGGACCGUUCUACGUCCCAGUCCUUGAUGGUUGCUCUUUUGAGACCAAGAAAUUAGAGGAAGGAUGCUUCGAGAUUGGUGUCACUAAAUCGCUUGCCGCCAAGCUCACCAUCUUCCCCAACGAGACCUCCGGUCCCGACUCAGGCUACCUUUACGGCGGAUUCACAUGGGACUUCAACAAUCUCGACGGCAGCAACUCGGCCGCCGGACCCGUUUAAAACAACCCCCCCCCCCCUCCCCC